UGCCUACUGCGCAUGUGUUCUCAAAGUUGCUGUUGCAGAAGGCAAAUACCAGAAAUAAACCACUGUUGAGCUAACAACCAAAAUAUCUAUGUUCGAUCAUCUCGCUAAAAUGACGUUUUCGCAAAUUCCUUUCUCUUGACUUCGCAGGGACAUGGUGAGGAGAGCUUUUCCCAUGUUGCAUUAGUGGAAGUGUGACAUGCUGGCCUGUCUGCCAGCAUCAUCAGGUGAACCUACCCCCCGAUUUCUCUCCCACACGCAGAUGAACACUGGACUUCAGCAAUGGGACACUACACAGAAGAUGAAAUCUGCCAACUAUCCAACCCCAGCAGAAUUGGAUGCCUUUGCUAAGAAAGUCGCCAACAAUCCUCUGACCAUAAAGAUCUUCCCCAACAGUGUCAAAGUACCACAGAGGAAGCACAUCCGCCGCACUGUGAACGGGUUGGACACAUCCAGCUCCAGCCAGCGCCAGAGUCCUUACCCGUCUCAGGUCAGCAGCACCAGAGCGGGCCUCCUGGCCGUCCUCUGCACUUCACCCGGCAAAGGUGUCCUCAAAGACACAGACAGCAGCCGAGCCCGUCUGCUUCCCAAACAAUCCAUGAACCUCCACAGCGGGCCAUACGUUGCUCAGAGCACUUUAAACCUCCCCCAGCCUGUCCCCCACCUCCAGGGCAUGUCUCAAACCCAGCCCCAGGCAUUGGCACAGAAACAGGGCCACCCACAUCCACAGCAUGCUCUACAGCAGCAGCACAACAUGGCUCACCCCAUGACUUCACAGCCACAGAAUAUGCCUCAAACUUUACAGCAACAGAACAUGGCCCACCCUCAAACUUUACAGCGGCAACAAAGCUUGUCCCAGCUGCAAACGGUACAGCAGAAUCUGGCGCACCCGCAGAAUGUCCAGCGGCAGCAGAGUUUGCCUCACACGCAGACUUUACUACAGCAGCAGCAGCAAAAUCAGACUCGGCCACAAACCUUACAGCAGCAACAACAGCAGCAUCUUCUUCAUCCUCCGACUCUGCAGCACCAGACUCUUCCCCACCAACAAGCUUUACUACAGCAGGCUCGGGCUCAAGGUCUCCGGCACCUGUCUGACGUAGCCCAGGCCCAGCCUCCACCUAGUCUGCAACUUUCCCAGGGCCUGCAGCACCCCCACUGCCUGGCCCUGUCACAGCCUCUCCCCCAGGGCCUGCGACACCUGCCUGAUGUGGCCCAGGCCCAGCCACCCAGUCUGCAACAUUCCCAGGGCCUCCCCCCAUCUCAGCCUCUCCCCCAGGCCUCUGGUGCCGGCCCUGGCUCCCCCUCUGCUUCCAAUGCCAUGCAACCCCAGCCAGGCCCCCCCUAUGGCCCCAGGAAGCUGCCAGAUGCAGACGUCCCACCAAACGUAACCGUAUCUACCUCCACCAUCCCACUGUCCAUGGCGGCCGCCCUGCACCACAACCGGCCGGGCACCGACCUUAGCAGCAUCGUGCACCAGAUCAACCAGUUCUGCCAGGCUCGGGCCGGACUAGGCGCCACCUCAGUGUGCGAGGGCCAGAUCGCCAACCCCAGCCCCAUCAGCCGUAACCUCCUCAUCAACGCCAGUUCCAGGGUCAACACACCCCACAACCUUGGCCUCCUUCCCUCCUGCCUGCUGGGCCACACAGAGAAAGCCCCUGGGGGGUCCCAGGGCCCUGCUGGUGCUAAUGGCCUACAGCCCAACAUAGCUGUUAUGAACAGGAUGCCACCUACUUUCCACACUGACACGAAGCAGCAGUUACAGCAGCAGCAAUUACAGCAGUUACAACAGGCUCACCAGCAUCAACAUCAGUUACAGCAGCUCCAACAGGUUCACCAGCAGCAGCAACAACAUCAGUUACAGCAGCAACAUCAGCUCCAACAGCAGCAAAUCCAACAGCAGCGCUCCUGGAACCAGCACCAGCUGGCUCACAUGCAGCACCUGCCUGAUGGAGCCCACCCCUGCAAGAACCCAAGGAGAGAAGCCCCCUCUGGGCCUGGCUUCCCUGCCAAGACCCACAACUAUCCCCAAAAGCUGCUGGCCUCGCAGCCACAAUCUUUCCCCAUUAAACACCCAUCAGACAAGACAACCCCCUCGCCCCCCGUCACCGGCCCAGCGGGCGGCAUCAUGCCAAGCUACACCAACGGGCGCUACUUGCAGGUUCCAUGGGGCAGCGUCCUACAAGCAGCCAAAAGUGACUGUCUAGGCCCACAGGAUUUGCCCAUGGCCUUCCAGGGGGACCCGGCAGGGGCCUCCAUAGACUGCAGCACACCAGGAUCACAGUACCGACCUGGAGCCAGACCCGGGGUCCCAGACCUGGGUCAGACCAAGCUGAUGCAGCAGAAUGUGAAUGAAUACCUGUCUGGUGAGUUCCAGGCGUUCCAGCAGAACCCAGGCGCCAUGGGGAAGAUGCACAGGCCCCCCAUGGGUAGAGCUCCAGCCCAGAGCCCAGAGCUAGGUAACAAUAGAAAUAUCCAUGCUCACCACCCAGGCUAUAGAUAGAUAUCUCUCUUCACCUCACCAGUCAUGUGUUAUGGUUGGUGAAUGAUUCAAGGUUACAAUCAGGUGUAAACAUGUUGUAGAUAUCUUGCAAGUGAUCAAUUGAAUGUUCUCCCUAGUCGGUUGCUCCUGCUCUCAAUGUUCAAUCGCUGACUUAUCUGUCUUUUUAAAAAUGCGUCCUCAGCCCUUUAAAAUGGUAUCUGUUAAACCUUAGUGCCAGGUGAAAGGUUUUAUAUUGUUAUUCCAGUGAUGAGGAAUACUUACUCAUACCACAACAUGGACAUCUGCUGAUUGUAGUAUUUUCUAGGAUACGCUAUUGUGAUCUAGGACUAGGUAGAGAACCUAGUAGGGCUACAUCCUGUCCACAUAAGUGCCAGUUAUGCCCAGGUUGUCAUGGAACCAACCACUCCCUUUUACAGUGGCUUAAAAUUGGGUUUUCUUUCCUGUCCUAUGUUUACAUUUACAAUUAUGCAUCUAUAAAAAUUCCAUAUAGACAUGAUGGAGGAUACAUGCUUUUUAAUGCCCCAAUGAGACUAAUUUGCUGAAGGGGUAUUUGUGUAUGCUAAUAUGAAUCAGGUCAAUGUCUAAGAGUAUAUUCUUACUUCAAUCUCUCCCCAUAUACAGUAAGGUAAUGCUACAGCCAUUGUGUCCUGCCCUCUUGUGUAUGGUAAGGCCUUAAGACGGAGUGCUUUUGAAGUCAUUUUUAAUUGUUUUAUUUUAUCCGUACCUUGUGCUGUUACUUUAAUUGUCUCUACUUGAAUUUCACCGGUGACGUUUUCAGUAUGAUGACUUGGAGAAUCAAAAUGUUAUGCUAAACAAUUACAAAAGGAACAUAAGCUCACUUCUGGAAAAACAUUAAAUGUCUUUGAAUAAUGUGAACCCUGUAGAAUCAAUCCCUUGAUCUUGAAAGGAAUUAUCUGUGUGCGCAAAGACCAAAUUGAUCACUUGCAAGUACAACUGAACAUACCAGGAGGUUAAUUUGCUACUUUGUUUCACCACUAUACACUACUGUAAACAAUUCCUUGUGGAUCUUUGCCUGUCUGUGGGGGUUGUGGUAAGCUGAGAGGUAUCUUACGAAGCAGGUUUGAGGAGUUAGAGAGGUAACUUUGGUCAACUGAGUUCAACUCGGGAUAACCGGUCAUACGAAAGUGGCUCACCUUUUAGCCAGGUAAAUCUCUGGCAACGAAUCCUUCAGAACUAACCUGCGUUGGGGAAGGCUACCUCACGGCUAACUCCACUUACACUGAAUGAAAUGACUGAGCCACGAGUGGAGGACCAACAGAGUUAGAUUUCCACCAUCUUGCAAAGAUAGCGUCAUGAUCCCUUUCAUUUGAGGAAGAUUAGUGAUUUAAAUAUUUAAUACAUUUUGUUUGUCUUAGAGUAAUGUUAAAAUAUAUCACAUUACAUAUUUGGUAAUGACAAUGCAUUUUAUACUUCACACCCAGUAACACUUUUAAUAACUUAAUAAAAUUGUAUCGAUAGGAGUGGGGAAAAAGGUCCUUGUGGUUGUUCAUUGAUAAGCGCACCAAGUUGGCAUCAACGAUAAGUAAUAAAGAUGGUGCUUCUAAAAGCCCAUUUCAUACCAUAGUCUGUGGAAUUUGAAAGAUUUUAUUUUGAUUUCACCACAAAUGAAAAUGUGGCACUGACUCGCCCAUGGAUUGAUGUUUCAGCCAUGUGCGACACGUGCAGUUACUACCCUACCCUGCGGAUGAGCAAUAUCCACCUUCGUAGUACGAAUAAGAGCUGGAUUGUGACGCUAACGGAUUCUGGCUAGCUUUAGAAAACCCUAAGUAGAUCUAGCUUGCUUCGUAGGAUACGCCUGUCCUUCACUUGCUAGCCUAACCCUAAUUGUAUAUUGUCUCUGUACUACCUAGAAAGAAGAACUGAGAUCCAGUUCUUUUAAAUGCAGGUUACCUCAUGCUAGUAGAUGGGUCUAGCCAUAGAAAUAUAAUUACUUCUUAUUCUAGUAAUUGUAUUUCUAUGGGUCUAGCAUGCUGCAUUUCCCCUCAGUUUAGCUUGGGUAACGGCUUACUUUUGUGAUGGCCCCACAUUCCUCCUCCCUGAUAACUCUUGAAAAAAAGCCUUAAAAUGUUGUAUUAGUUACCCUCGACACCUUAAAUGUUGUAUGACUUACUACACACCAUGCUGGAUUUCCUCAAACUGCAUGGUGUAGAAUCCUAUAUCGAAAAUAGUUAUGAUACUAGCAAUUGUUUCUGCAUAUGUUUUCAUUUAAGGACACUGUUAAAUUGCUUAGUAAAAAUCCUCCUUUAAUGGAUGAAUAGUAUUUAGCAGAGUUUUAUAGGUGUGUGUGGCACUGGGCUGUAACUAUGGUCUUCAGACUACGUUUCUUUAGUUGUUUCUAUGUGACAAAUAGCCUUCAGUAAUUUAGAUCUUAGCUAAUUUAUUUCCUUGAUCACUGCAUUCUGAAGUCAUAGGUGUUUCCUCAUAGGUGCCAUAGGUAAAGCAUAUCAUCAGACACAAAACAAUGCAAACUGACGUCUCACAAUUAGCUGCAUUCAGUAAGAGAUGGAAAAGUCAUAAGUCAUUUUAUGUAGCCUUAAAGGUGCUACACAUAGGAUUUUGCAUUGUCAUUUCAUAAAAUGGCCAUAAUAUAUCUGCAGUAAUAGUGGAAUGAUAUCGUUUUAUAGUAUUACAUACCUGCCCAAUUAGCUGUGAUAUUCGUCUCCCGCCAGAGCAACAUGUUGUUGAAAUGGGAAAGCUGUUUUGACUUUAGCUGUGUUAUUUAGUGGAAAUCGGGUCAAGCGGCCAAUGUAAAAAAUCGCUCCGUAAUUUCCUGUUGUAUUUCAGUUGUAUGUCAGAAAACAAGCACUGAAUAGUGUAGGGAAUCAUUGUACCAUCUAAAUCUGUGAAAUAUAUUUUCAAUAACAAAAAAUAUAUCGUUUUUACAGCUGUUUUGAAGCUGGUGGACCAAAACCGAAAUUAAAAGGCUCAAGCGUGAGUCUCCAUGUUAGGGGAAAUGGGUUGCGGGAGAGGGUAGAUUUUGUUUUGGAAGUAGCCUAGUGCUGUUGCAAUUCACAGAGCUUCCGGGUAGAAUUUGUCCCCUAUGUGUAGCACCUUUAAUCUUAUGGAUUGAGCUUUCUUCCCUGAGGACGGUAGCUAGAUUCUGUUGUUUGGCUCUUACUACUGUUGUGUGCCUGGCCCUUGAAGCUGCUAAUGAAUUCAAGUCUGAACACACAAUUGUGUGUGUGUGUGUGUGUGUGUGUAUAGUAAUGAUGUAUGGGUUGUACUAGUCGAAUAAAGGUUACUAUUUAUACUGUUGUCAUGGAUUUUUGAAAUGCGAGAUGGUAAAUCUUUGCAGUAGAAAUGGACCAACUGUUGCUACAGUGAACCAAGCAAUGUACCUGUCGUUACAUUUUAGCUGAUUUGACCUGUUUAAUGUUGUACAGCUCGAGAAAAUCAGGUUUACAGUUACUAUUUCAAAUGAAGUGCCUCCACUGGAUUUAAUAUGGAAUGUGUGUGCGCGAGAGAGAGAAAGGGUGUGAAGCAUAGCCUAGGUGCUUGUGCACACUACACAGUGGUGCACUUCUAUCCAUUGUUGGGGGCCCAAGCUUCUAACUGUAACUACUGAUACUAGACAGAAGUCCGUUCUCACGUGCCACAAUGUUUCCAGACACUGUUAGGAGUAUGAAUGGUUGCUACUGAACCACUGACCAAAGUCACCAAGCUUUCCCCACCACCAUGGCCCAAAGCUUAGAUACAGGCUGUGUCCGAAAUGGCACUCUAUUCGCUCUAUAGUGUAUGACUUGACCUAGGGUACUAUUUAGAAAAUAGGGGGCCAUUUUGGACACAAACAUUCUUUAGGCAGGUUGGAUUGAAUUAAGUUUAAUGACUCAUGCUAUUUUAAGGUGGUGACAAAAGUUGUCUACCUUCCUCUAGACAGUUGUAGGAACAGCAUGUGGGACUGUGAUGACUAAAUUGUGCUUGUGAGAGAGAGUUUCUGCUCCAUAUAAGUGGAAAUGUGACAUGAAUGGCAGUGGUUGGGGAAGCUCGUGUUUCUCUACUUUGUAGAAUUGUGUUAUUCCAGUUUGCCUAUCCUUCAGAAACUAUGCCUUGCACAAACAUUCUCCCCUAACCAAAAUAAAGUUUGCAUUUGCAAAACCGA